UGUAGCUUGAGCCAGUGUUCGCGGUGCUGGAUUCAGUGUGGCAGCAGGGGAAAUCUGGGAUAUCUGGGAUAUCUGGGAAAAGGGGAGUCAGUAGGUGUAAACCGGGACUGAACCGGCUGAAAUCCCGACGAAGCCUCGUCCGUCACAGCGCGGACAACGGGCUUUCCCAGCGGACACCUCUCCUCGGUCUUCCCGCUGCGGUCUUUUUUCUGUCGUCUCCUCCCGGAGGUCUCCCUGGAUCCGCACAGGUGAUUGAAUUCAUCCACCCUGUGCUGUUGGAGCUGGACUGAGCAGUGUUAGCAGACCAAAGAUGGAUCAGGUGUCAGAUGAGGAGGUGGAGGUCAGAGAGGAAGAGGAGGAGGAAGAGGAGGACAGUGACAAGGAGGACCAGGACCUGGAUAAGAUGUUUGGAGCCUGGCUGGGAGAGCUCGACAAGCUCACACAGAGUCUGGAUGAUGGGCGCCCGGAGCAGCCCCCUCAGCAGAAAGCUCCCCUCAGACAAGAGACCAACAUGGCCAACUUCUCCUACAGAUUCUCCAUCUACAACAUCAACGAGGCGUUGAACCAGGGGGAGAACGUGGAUCUGGACGCUCUCAUGGCCGACCUCUGCUCCAUCGAACAGGAGCUCAGCACCAUCAACAACAAACCCAACAGUGCUGGCGGCAUGGCUCGUCUGGGGUUGACUGACACCAAGGUCCGUCAGAAGCCUCCUGCAGGCCGCAGCAGCAGACAGCAGCCAGCAGGGAGCAGCAGCGGUGGUGGAGGUGGAGGUGGCAGUAGUAAUAACAGUGUUAGUGGUGGUGGUGGGGGGGGCAGCAGCGGUGCGAGCAGUAGCAGCAGCAGCACUAGAGCUUCACCGGCUGGCACCAUCAGAGCUCCCACCGGGCAUCAUGGGAGACCGGCACUGGCUUCUAACUUCAGCCUUGACGACAUCACUGCACAGCUGGAGAAGGCCUCUCUCAGUAUGGAUGAAGCCGCUCGUCAGACCUCCUCUCACUCUCUGAGCUCCGCCUCGUCCUACACGUCAGCCACGAUGCGACAGCCCGGAUCCUCUCAGCGCCAACAUCGACGCACAGGAUCGGUCGGCACAGUCAGCGAACAUGAGGCGCGCUCAAUUGUCCACUCCUCGCGCUCCUCUGUCACCUCUGCAUCCGGGGUUUCUGUGAACUCUGCUUCUUCCAUGGACUCAUUGGACAGUGUUCUUCGCUCCAAUGACUCAGACAGUCAGCAGUCUUCAGUCCCGCCCUCAGCUGGAGCCAGUCAAGCUCAUCACAACACAGAGCACUCCUAUCUGGACAGGGAAACCUCUCUGAUUCUGAGAAACAUUGCAGGAAAACCUUCACACCUGCUGACCAAGGAGGAGCAGGCUGCCAAGCUGAAGGCAGACAAUAUCCGAGUCGCCCUGGAGAAGAUCAAGGAGGCUCAGGUUAAAAAGUUGGUGAUUCGCGUCCAUUUGUCAGACGAGAGCUCAAAAACCAUGAUGGUGGACGAGAGACAGACAGUCCGACAGGUUUUGGACAGUUUGCUGGAGAAGUCUCACUGUGGUUACAGUCCAGACUGGUCACUGGUGGAGACCAUCAACGAGCUGCAAAUGGAGAGGAUUUUCGAGGAUCACGAGAACCUGGUGGAAAACCUGCUCAACUGGACCAGAGACAGCCAGAACCGCCUGAUGUUCACAGAACGCAUCGAGAAGUACGCUUUGUUCAAAAACCCCCAGAACUAUUUGUUGGGGCGGAAGGAGACAUGUGAGAUGGCUGAAAGAAACAAAGAGGCUCUGUUGGAGGAGUGUUUCGGCGGCAGCUCGGUGUCCGUCCCCGAGAUGGAGGGAGUGUUGUGGCUAAAGGAGGACGGGAAGAAGUCGUGGAAGAAACGUUACUUCCUGCUGAGGGCUUCUGGAAUCUACUAUGUUCCCAAGGGAAAGGCCAAGGCAUCCAGAGACCUGGUGUGUUUUCUCCAGUUGGAUCACGUAAACGUAUACCACGGCCAGGACUAUAAGAGCAAGUACAAGGCUCCCACAGACUACUGCAUGGUGCUGAAGCACCCUCAGAUUCAGAAGAAGUCUCAGUACAUCAAGUACCUGUGCUGUGAUGAUGUCAGAACCCUCCAACAAUGGAUCAACAGCAUUCGCAUCGCCAAGUAUGGGAAGCAGCUGUACGUCAAUUUCCAGGAGGCAAUGAGAAGGACAGAGGCAGCCUAUGAUUGGUCUUCCCUCUCUUCUUCCUCCAUCAAGUCAGGAUCCAGCUCCUCCAGCCUUCCAGAGUCCCAAUCAAACCACUCCAGCCAAUCAGACAGUGGUGUAUCAGAGAUGACAUCAUCAGGCCACACACGCUCCCAGAGUGUCGUCAGCUCCAUCUUCUCCGACGCCUGGAGGAGAGGAACACAAGGAGAGAUGAUGAAGAUCGACCCUAUCAGUAGGCCGAUCCCUCUUCAGAUACCUUCCCUCUCUCCCCAGCCCCUCCCUCUCUCUCAGCCUCAGACCCCACCCUCCCGGAGCAGCUACACCGACGGCCUUAUCCAAUCUGAAGACUCGUCCCCAUCACCACCCUCGCCUCCUCCACCUCCACCUCCUCCCCCUGUCGUGUGCUUAGCCCACCAGCCAGCACCUACCUCCUCAUACAUUAAGUACAGCACGCUGGCUCGCCUGCAGAGCCAGAACCAGUCCAGGACACAGCCAGCAGGAGCCGCCCCACCUACCCUUCCCAUCCAGUUUACCAAACCCAACUACAACACCCUUCCAGCUGCUUAUAGCACCUCCCCUCCACUACCACCAUCUCCUCCCCCUCCUCCUCCACCCACAGUGCCAGUUCCUGGCUCAGCUAUGGCUGCACUGAAAUAUGGUCCAUCAAGCCCUUCCACUCUGCCUCUGCCACCCCCACUGGAGGAGGACUUGCAGGAGCCCUACUACCUCCCACCUCCUCCACCAGAGAGCUUGGAGACCAAUGGAUUGCCUCCUCCCCCACCUCCAGAAACUAUCCUCAGCUCCUGCCCUCAACUCUCCAACAGUGGCCUCCAGCAGUUCUUGGCACAGAAGUUUCCUAACAUGGUUUACGACUUCAGCCCACCAUUGUCUGAGGACAAUUCUCCUCCUCCACCACCUCCAGGUGAACUUUCUCCUCCUACCUCCCUGCAAGUUUUCCGGCCUCUGUCCCCCAAUGCGCCUCCUCCUGCACCUCCGAAAACCUUCACCGGUGGUUUUCCCCCUCAAACUGCUCCUAAACCCUCUGGUCCAUCUUCCCUUCCGAUUGCCCUGUCGCCUGUGUCACCAACACAGCCCCAAAGUGGCCAUGGGCCAGUUAAAAAGCAGCAGAGUUUCUCAACUGGACAUUCCCCAAAUCAGCCACCCCCAACUCUGCCAAAGCAGCACAGCCUCUCCUCCAAAAACCUUGCGCUCUCUCCCUCUUCCUCCUCUCCCUUGGUCUCCAUCGCGGCAGCUACCUCCUCUUUGGUCAAACAGAUUGUCAAUCAGUUCCCAGGAAACACUUCCCCCUCCUCCCUGUCUGCCUCCAACUCCAUGGAAGGAUCCAAGUUCACCGCUCCUCAAUCUCCUCCAGCGGUCAAAGCCAAACCAAAGUGGCAGCCAGGAGGCGUUGUGGCUCCACAGUCUCCAGAGUUUCCCCCACCUCCUCCUGACAGCUCCCUAGGAGAUUUCCCUCCUCCUCCUUCUUCAUCCUCUUCCAAGACGGGCUCCCCCAUAAAGAAGUCGCCUUCCACCUCGUCCACAGGAUCCACCAAGCGGGGCCCUCCACCAACUCCACAGAGAGCUUCCUCCAUCCGGGGUAGCUCGUCAGGCGAGACCCAGGAUGAGAGACCAAAGAAGGUGGAGAGCCUGGUCAACAAGUUUGGCCAAGCUCCUCAAACGGGUACCUCGUCCAGCUCCUCUUCAGUGACCGGAUCUCCGUCAAAAGAUUCUUCUACUCUUCCUGCUCCGCUGCCUAAGCCAGGGAAGUUGAACUUGGCAAACCUCCCAUUGGCGCUCCAGGGGCUGCAAACGGGCCAGCACCAUCAGCCCUCUGAGUUCCCAUCCCCUCCUCCACCACCUCCCCCCUCCCAGCCUCCUCACCUCGAUUCAUCACCUGACUACUUCCCGCCUCCCCCCAGUGACUUUGAGCUUUUCCCUCCGCCACCCCACCCAUCAGAGUUCCAUCACCCCCCAAAGGUUGCCGUGGUGAACCCCCAGCCUCAGAUGCAGCCACCUCAACAGUUGGCCACCUCUUCCUUAUCAUCAUCGUCAUGGAAACAAGGCUCGCUGAAAAAGGGGGCAGUCGCUCCUCCAAUGCUAAACCGGCGGACCAGCAACACAACCCAGUAUGACAAUAUACCGUCAAUGCCCCUCUCACCACCUCCUCUGUCUCAAACCCCACCUCCCUCCCUGACUUCUUACUCUUCCUCCUCCUCUCCUGUCCCCCCAACCUCCCCGAAAUCAGCAGGGCCAAGCACCCUGGCACUAAAGCCUCUCUUCCUAGAAGACCUCAACCGCACCCUUAAGAGGAAGUCAGUGUCCCGCCAUGGCUCACUCACCUCUACCCACCUUAUCCCGUCCUCCAAGAUGGAGCCUGUGGGCACCAUGGACGACAUGGCGCUCCUCCCACCUCCUCCCCCCGAGCUCAUGCAGCAGCAGCAGCAGCAGGGUGUCCGAGGACACUCCCAAACUUUGUCUCGUCACCACACACACUCCCACUCCACCAAACAUGCCAACAUCUCAGGCUAUGCAACGCUGCGGCGAGGCCCGCCUCCCGCUCCUCCGAAACGGGACCAAAGCACCAAACUGACCAGUGAUUGGUAGGGAAGGGAGGACAGUGGGUGGAGCCUAAAAAAACUGAACUGACUAUUUAGGUCUCAUCGUUUCUGCAGAGAAGAAGUAAUCAAUGUCUGUCUUGACGUGUCCGUCUGUCCUCAUCCUAAAUCAUUCACCCGGUGAUUCUGAGCAAGUAGCGAGCCGUCUUUCCUACUCUUAAUCUCAGAUUAUGAUUGUUCCUAUUAUCCUCAUUAUUAUUAUCAUCCCCAUCAUUACUAUCAUUACCAAUACAUGUUUAAUCCAAUGACAUGAGUAAAAAAAUAUGUAUAUGUGUAUAUAUAUAUAUAUAUAUAUAUGUGUGUGC